AUGGUACGGUUGGAAAUAACUCAGGGUUACGGGCACAACACAGAGUGCUCGAGCGAGCGGCGGGUAGUAAUAUCAGGGCUCGGGUGGCGUGCGCAGAGCUGCGAGCGGGGUCGCGAACUUGGGAAGGAGAAGGAAGACAUGGCCGCACCUGAGUGCGAGCGAGAGGCUCGCAAGCGACGUGAGCGCCGCGACUCCGGCUGCGCACACGAGCGGAAAGAGAGGAGACCACACAGCGAGGAACGGCUGCCACCGCCUCCGCCUCCACCACCGCUUCACGACUAUAACCGUCUUGAGUCCGAACGGCGCGCGGAACGUCUCUCCCGCGCGCGCCGCCCACAGUACGGCGGCAAGCGGCGCCGCGCACCCACGAGACUCUCAAAGCUACCUAAAGAAAAUGACAACGUGAGCAGUGAAGAAACACGUUCCGGCACUCCGCCACGCUUCAAUUAUGUCAUCACACAGAAGCCAGAAUUAUGUCCAGAUGCCGAGCGUGUGGAAGGGAGUGUGAGAGACGAGGAAGUGGAAUACGCGCGGCGCGACGAGCGCAGCGUGGCGCCGCGUUGCGUGCAGCCCAGCCCCGACCGACGCCUCGAGAAGAUCAACAAGAAGAUUGGCGUAUUAAAGAAAAGUAUUACAAAGUAUGAAAGUGAGUACGAAGCACAGAACGGUCACGCUAUAACUCCCAGCGACCGUAUAACAGACGUGCAAUUGACACGAAUGACCGAAACACUGCGGAAACUUCAAGCGGAAAAGCGCUGCAUCAAAACGGAUCCAGUCGAGUACGCUUUGAAAUUAAAAGCAGCUAAACAACAAAAGGAAAGAGAUGAUAAGCUGGAAGCAGCGCUGAACAGUGAUAAACCAAUGGGAGACCUCGUUCGCGAUAUUGAAGAGUGGGUGGCGGGGUGCCGCGAGGCGGACGGGCGCUGCGGCGUGGCGGAGGCGCGCUGGUCGGGCGCGCAGCUGGCGGCGGAGAAGCUGUGCGUGCAGCGCGCGCUGCUGCGCCUGGAGGCGGCGCGCGGCCGCCCGCCCGCGCACUCGGCCGAGCGCGGCGCCGCGCGCCACCUCUACGAGCGCUACCGCGCCGUCAAGCGCGCGCUCGCCGCCACGCGCACCGACGCCAUAAUUGGCGGCACAAACGGCGAGCUAGCAACAAUUCACGAACAUGAAACAAUUGUGUUCAAUAACAGUAUAGAUAGCUCCAGUGAUUCGCAGGAAAGACAUUCUGAUUCAACACAGGGGACAGCGGAGACGCCGCUGCAGUCGCCGGCGACGCGCGACACGGGCGAGGAGGUGCCGUCGUCCGCGUCGUCCGCGCAGUCCGCCGCCAGCGACGAGCGCGCGCCCAACGAGGGCCUGCACUGCCUGCCACUGGACGAGCUCGCGCGCGCACUCAACGAGGCCAAGCUUCAUAAAUGUGUUUUACGGCGUAGCAUCAAAGAAUAUGAAGCAAAUUUCGAGACGCAGAAUAAUAGAAAGGUACAAAAGGACGAUAAAAAAGGCCACGAGGAAGAGUACCUGCGUUACAAAGCUAUCAAGGCACGAAUUAAACUACUAAAUGCCCUAAUAAAUAAACAAAAAUCUAAAGCUUAA